GAACCCAACCCGACGAAAGAAUCCGGAUAAACCCAAACAACCCCGGACCCAACGGAAUUCUUGGUCUUUACUGCAGUUUGUUGCCAAGAUAACGUAUGGCUCGUUGCUGUGUGCUUACGGAUGGACCGGAAGUGACAGCUGCCGCAUGGUGACGGUUUCCCGAUGCGGGACUCUGAGGUGUCGUACAGAGCGCGAGUCACUUCCUGCAGACCCGAUUCGGAAUACAAUUUCUUUUCCGCGGAGUUGGUUAAACUUAAUUCCGUGGACUGAUACCUCCGAUAUCUUAAGCGAACCCGUUGUUCCCUCUUUUCUAUCCUUUAUGGUAACAUCUCCCAUCUUGCUCUUGUAUAUCUGUCACAGGGCUCUUUUGUUAAGAAAAUAUAGUAUGUUCUUCAAAAGAAAGCUAAGGCGACAGGUUCCUGGGAUAUGGGCGAAACUAGUACCUGUCCCCUUUUGGACGGUCUGAUAGGGCUACGGAAGAAUUAUUUCUUAUUGCUGGUCGCGAGAGUCUCCUCAGGGAGCUCGAGCUUUAGAGGAAAAAAAGGGACUUGCACGCCCUGGAACUCCGGGCCCUCCUGAGACUUCAAUCCGUUCGAUUUCCCUCUAGCAUGGGGUCUGGAGGCGUCGUGAUAGUCCGGGAACUACCCGGGUGAGAAUGAUCUCGAUAGGGUUCGAGAUAUCCUGGGAUGUGACUUUAUAUUUUCCCCCGGGCUUUGUUAGAGGGCUUGCGCUCUAUGAUUGAUUCUUGGGACUAUGCUAAGGUUCGAAUAGUGCAUCGGUUAAAUUUUGAGGAUUAACAAUAAAUCCCGAGGCCGUGCAAGAGUCAGGCUUAUUGGCGAUUUCUCAAUUGCACAAUUCUUCUCAUAGUAGCCUGCGGCGGCGAUGAUCUUGUCUUCUCGCAUGCGAUCAGGAUUACUUGGUAGGCCAGAUGUCUCUUCAAUAUAGAAGCCGUUGAUCCUCGAUCGGUUCCUAGUGUUUAGGGGCCGUUAAGCUUAUGCACGGUUCCGAGACCACGCCUGCUGGGCUCCCUGAUCAGCGGAGUGUGAUCCCCACGCCAUUUAUACGAUCGCUGUGGUCAGAGGUUGUUGUAUCGCCUUAUCGGGCUAACUGCGAUAGUGCUAGGUUGGGUUCGCCAGCCGAUACAUAAGAAAUAGGAGGGUUUUAGUUGCCAUCUGCUUUUUAUGUUCGGGGUGGGGUUGCCUUUGCCUGGGCCUUUGUAAUGGUAACCGGGGCCGUAUGUUGGACCUUUCCGGACAUUGCUGCAUAUUUUAUCUCGAUUUCAAAGGCUCAGCGCAGGCGAAUCUUGGAGUAUCAUGCGCCUGCCACCACCGAUUCAUUGCUGUUGGGGUCGGGGUGGGGAUGGAACCGGGUGCCCGGAAUUUCCCCUUUGGGUUUGCCGGAGCGGGGGAAGUGUUGGGCACCGGGAGGGGUUAUUAGGAUCCUCCCCACGAUACUAGGGGAGGUGACUCAAAUGUUCUAUUUCGUAGGAUUCUCAACCGUUACAGCUCCUAAAGGGCUGCAAUCCGUGUUUCUCUGGAGCGCGGAACAUAGCGCUCUAACUUAGAUAUGGUACUCGGGCUGUCGGGGGUCUGGACGCUUUCACCCACCUUGGAUACCCAGCUUCGGACUUACCAGGACCAUGGAUGCCUGAAAGGGAGCUGCGAGAGGGUUGAGGAAAGGUCUCUUUCGAAAGUAUCUUUCGUUCCGCCCACUAUUUACUGGCCCGUCGCUCAUAAUGGCCGUGUUUUCUCCCGGCGCUUGCUCGCAUCAAGUCAUGGUAUCUGUUGGAUAGACGAUACAGGCUCGUUUUAUGCGGUGUAAUGGGGGGGCUAAUAUUUCCCGCUCCACGUUGUU